GAAACGCAUUCACAGACAUUUUGAUGGACCGCCAUUUCCUGACGAUUUAUCAACCCUCUAUAAAAGCAUUCAGAACCUGCAGAUAACUUCAGUAUAAGCAGAACAAUGAAGCCUAUAGUUCUAUUGACUUUCACCUGCCUGAUCUGGUUCGCCAGUGGCAUUAGCAUUGACUGCGAAAAUCCCGAGGCCAUCAACGAGGAGCACAUUCACUACUGUUGCAAGCAUCCCGACGGACACAAUGACAUAAUCGAGAAGUGCGCUAAGGAGACGGGAUUCCAGCUGCCCAGCCAGACCGAAGAGGCAAUGGUGGACAUCACAGCGGAUCGGGCCAUUCGAGGCACCUGCUUUGGCAAGUGUGUCUUUGGCAGUCUGAACUUCAUGAAAGGUGAAGAGUUGGACAUGGAGGCGGUGCGCAAUUACUUCAGCUCCAAGUUUGCCGAUGAUUCGGAGUACGCCAAGGAAAUGAUCAGCGCCUUUGACCACUGUCAUGGCAAGAGUGAGGAAAACACCUCCAAGUUCCUGUCGAAGCCCAUCUUCCGCCAGAUGUCCCAUCAAUUCUGUGAGCCCAAGUCGAGUGUGGUAUUGGCCUGCGUGAUCAGACAGUUCUUCCACAACUGCCCAGCCGAUCGUUGGUCCAAGACCAAGGAGUGUGAGGAUACUCUAGCGUUCAGCAAGAAAUGUCAUGAUUCUUUGGCCACUCUUUAAAAGAAUAUGUAGUAAAGAAUAUAAAAAAAGUAUCUUAUUCAAUUUUAAAUACAUUUAUGGGUGUUUUUCUUAAGAA